GGGUUAUUUAUAUAUUUAAACAAACACUCCCUUUAUUUUUCAUUCUCAAACCCGCCCCUUCUUCCAGGAGUUUGAUCGUUGAGAGAGAGAGAGAGAGAGAGAGGAGGAGAGAGGGAGAUGGAGGACACCAGGUCUAGGUUCAAGAGGAUUUGUGUGUUUUGUGGGAGUAGUUCUGGGAAGAAAGCUAGCUACCAGGAGGCUGCGGUUGAGUUGGGGAAGGAACUGGUGGAGAGAAGGAUUGAUUUGGUCUAUGGAGGUGGGAGCGUGGGACUGAUGGGUCUUGUUUCUCAGGCUGUUCAUGAUGGUGGGCGCCAUGUUCUAGGGGUUAUUCCAAGGACUCUAAUGCCUAGAGAGAUUACUGGAGAGACUGUUGGAGAAGUGAGGGCUGUAUCCCAUAUGCACGAAAGGAAAGCUGAGAUGGCCCGUCAAGCUGAUGCCUUCAUUGCCCUCCCAGGUGGGUAUGGGACCCUUGAAGAGCUGCUUGAAGUCAUUACAUGGGCACAACUUGGAAUCCACAAAAAACCAGUGGGUCUGUUGAAUGUGGAUGGAUACUACAAUUCCUUGUUGUCUUUCAUUGACAAGGCUGUCGAUGAAGGCUUUGUUUCACCAACUGCUCGCCGCAUUAUAGUGUCCGCACCAACAGCCAAAGAAUUGGUCAGAGAACUUGAGGAAUACGUUCCGGAGCAUGAUGAAGUGACAUCUAAGCUGAUCUGGGAAGAGGUGGAAAUAAUAAGUUACGCGUCAGAGAAGCCUGGUGUGGCCACAUGAUUGCUACACGGUUUUACUCUCUGUAAUUUUUUUGGGGUUUUUAGCUUACUUGGUGUAUAGGUAUAUACGGUCUAUACCGUACAAUUUCAGCACAGAAACCUUUUUUUGCCUUUCUUCGAACUGCGCCAAUAUCACUGUGACUCAGGAAGUUUUGAUAUACAUGUUCACCUUUUCCCUUUUUUUUUUAACUUAA